AUGAGGAGGAGGAGGAGGAGGAAGAGGGAUGCUCUGGAUGGCACUUUGGAAAAGCCCCGAUGGGCACCUAUCAUCAUCACCAUCAUCAUCAUCACCACCAUCGCCACCAUCAUCAUCCAGGAAUUCGCUAAUGAGUUUUGGGGCCAGUGGCUGGAGCUCUUCGCUCUGGAUGCUAAUAGCCCCGGCGGCACCCGCGUGCCCAUGGAGAUCCUGCUCCUGAAGAAGGUGGGCUCGGGCUUCCGCGGCGGCAUCCGCCUCCUCGACUGGUUCGAGCGGCCCGACAGCUUCGUGCUGGUGCUGGAGCGGCCCGAGCGCGGGCAGGACCUCUUCGACUUCAUCACGGAGCGCGGCGCGCUGCCCGAGGAGCUGGCGCGCGGCCUCUUCGCGCAGGUGCUCGAGGCCGUGCGGCACUGCCACAGCUGCGGCGUCCUGCACCGCGACAUCAAGGACGAGAACAUCCUCGUGGACCUGGCCACCGGCGAGCUCAAGCUCAUCGACUUCGGCUCCGGCGCCCUCCUCAAGGACACGGUGUACACGGAUUUCGAUGGCACCAGGGCGUACAGCCCUCCGGAGUGGAUCCGCUACCACCGCUACCACGGGCGCUCGGCGGCCGUGUGGUCCCUGGGGGUGCUGCUCUACGACAUGGUGUGCGGCGACAUCCCCUUCGAGCACGACGAGGAGAUCGUGCGCGCCCAGGUGUUCUUCCGGCACAGGGUGUCUCCAGAGUGCCAGCAUCUCAUCAGGUGGUGCCUGUCCUUGCGACCCUCGGACCGGCCGUCUUUCGAAGACAUUUUAAACCACUCUUGGAUGCAAGGUGUCCACCUACCGCAGCAGACGGCGGAGAUCCACCUGCACAGUCUGCUCCAGGAGUCCAGCAAAUAACUC